GGGGACUCAGUAACUCCCAGCUAAGUAACUAAGUAACCAGCUACAAUCAGAGACCAUCAACAAGCGGGUAUGUACUCUCCUGGGUGGGCCUGGCUCCCCAGCCAAGGACUUGAGGGAAGAUGUGGGCUCCUCUCUUACAAGGAUCUUUUGCUAACUUCAACCCUGCCUAUCUUCCAGGUCAUUGUUCUAACAUGGCCCUGUGGAUGCGUUUCCUGCCCCUGCUGGCUCUGCUCUUCCUCUGGGAGCCCUACCCCACCCAGGCCUUUGUCAAACAGCACCUUUGUGGUUCUCACCUGGUGGAAGCUCUCUACCUGGUGUGUGGGGAGCGUGGGUUCUUCUACACACCCAUGUCCCGCCGUGAAGUGGAAGACCCACAAGUGGCACAACUGGAGCUGGAUGGAGGCCCGGGGACAAGUGACCUUCAGACCCUGGCACUGGAGGUGGCCCGGCAGAAGCGCGGCAUUGUGGAUCAGUGCUGCACCAGCAUCUGCUCCCUCUACCAGUUGGAAAACUACUGCAAUUAGGCCCACCACUACCCAGCCUACCCCUCUGCAGUGAAUAAAACCUUUGAAUGAGCAC